AUGGAAAGAGCCAAAGUUGCUUAUAAACAUCCCAACGGUCUAGCGACGCUUUUGCAUCUAUCGCAGCAAUGCGUAAAGAGAAACAUCACUCGUCUCCAAGAUGUCGGCACCACACCCUAUCAUCUACUAGAACCAGUGCUCUCGGCCAUGUCAGCAAAACAAUUGGACCAACUAGAGAAAUUGUCAAGACAAUUGAUGCCCCAUACUGAUGGGAUAUGGAAACAGUUGAUACAAAAGGAUUUUCCCGACCGGGUAGUUGACGCUCCUUUGGUGCACGGACCGGAAAUGCCCUACAAGUCACUUUACUACAGAUACAUCGAGCAGCGCGAUGAGUUUCGAAAAGAUUCAGCAAAGCGGCUUCGACAUUUACAGCAGUCGUACAUGAAGGAGAAGUCAAAGAAUAAAGUCAUUACUGUGAAUGAAGUCUUGCGGGAUCCAUCGCGUAAGAGGAUGCGGCAGCCGUAUAUUGCAUCUGGAGGUGGUGGUGGUGGUCGUGGUGGCAAUAAUAAUGGUGGUGGAAGAAGUGGGUGGUUUCGCAAUCGGCAGACGCGACUAGUGCAAAAUUCAAUCUUGGAGAGAGCUACGAGAGACGCACAAAUGUCCCAGCGUCUGUUUGGCAAACUCACGAGAUAUGAUCCUUAUGAUGCUUUUAAAUGUCUACCUAUUCGAGUGCCGAAACGGCCGGCUAUACGACGCACAACUUGCUUUGAUCAAAGCAAAAAGGAAGCUGCACCUAAACCGGUCAUGAAAAAGACACCGGAAGUGACAUCGUCACCGGCAUCCUCACUGGCACCAACGCUCACACCCACGCCACCGCCCUCGCCUGCCAAGAUGGCGGAAAUCGCAAAGAAAAGGCGACUGCAACAACACCAACCAUCCAUAUUCCUCCAGCGAAAGAAACCCAAUUUGAAAACGCAACUGGUGCGCAAGCCAGCUCCAAAGAAAGAACCUCCCAGCAGGAUCAAAGCUAUCAAGUCUCCCUUAUUUAGCUGA